AUGCCACUCACUCCACAACAUUAUAUUGGUGUUGGACUUCCCAAGGGCUUUAGCACCUUUACACCUACAAUUACAGUUGGAGGCGUAGCAGCGUCUACAACUUAUUAUGCUUCAAAUAGUAAUGAUUAUAUGAUUGGCGGAUUUGUAAUGGGUAGAAGUCUUGAUUACAAUUGUGUCAUUCCAACAGCAGGAGCAUCAAUCGCAGUAACAGGGCUCUAAUUCUAAAAGUGUAGAUUUUUCUAAUCGUUUUGCAGGUUCUGGACAAGGGGAAGUGAGCACCUGGAUAUGCUGGAGCAGAUCACCUGUUUAAUAUUGUUAAUUUCAAUAUUUUUGCUGUUCCUACCUAUGAUGUUGGGGGAGAUUGUAGAAUUGCAGGAACAACUGCUGCUACAGGUACAGUUACUACAGGAUCAAUUACAGAUAUGUCCGUCAACUGCUUUGUAUCCUCAAUCUCAGCAUCUGGCCCAGACUCUGUGGAUUCAACAAUGACAAUAUCACUGACUACUUUAAAUAGAGUCCCGAAAAAUGGCAUUAUAACUCUUUGGUUAGAUUCGUCUUGGGGAUAUAAUUUAAGUAAGUGCUCUGCUAUCGGGAUAAAUGAUAUGGAUACUAAUUAUCCCAUUUCUUGUACAAUUUCGCCAACUAGCUUAGUCAUCACAAGCUUUGCUGCUAUUUCACCCAGAUCUAUCCAAAUUAUUAUUUAUCAUGUGCUCCCUCCAGCUUCACCAGGCACUUAUAACUGUAUCACAGCUGCUGCUACACAAGAUUCAGCUCAAAAUUAUAUUGAAUAUGGCUCUGGCCUAACUCAAGGAGUAACGAUAACAACUGCCACUCCAGUAGGAAGUACUUCUAGUAUGCCUAUCUAA